AUGGCGGUAAGCCUACGUAAUGACAGAGAUUUGGAUGUCGAGCAAGAAAGGGCUCGAGAAGCCAGGGAGGAUGAGACACUCAUAUCAGUGCCCAUUGAGUUGGAUGAAUCAACGAAACCGAUAGAGGUGACAGUCCAGCCUGCCCAGGAAGAAAGUAGCAUUCAAAUGGAGACCGAGAAAGAAGAUGAGAUAGCACAGGAACCAGUGGUUGAUGUGACAGCUGAUAAAGAUCGAUCCCAAAUGAUUGGGAAGAAGAUACCUCCUGCACCCUUCCCUCAAAGGCUAGCUAAGUACCAAAAAGAGGAGCAAUACAAGAAGUUCUUGGAGAUGCUAAAACAAAUCCAAGUAAAUAUUCCCUUAAUUGAUGCUUUGAAAGAGAUGCCUGGGUAUGCAAAAAUGAUGAAGGACUUAAUGUCCCGAAAAUUUGAUUUCCAAGACUUGACCACAAUUACUCGUAUUCAGACCUGUAGUGCAGUGGUGACUAGACCAAUUGCGGAAAAACUGUCUGACCCAAGGAGCUUUACAAUCCCAUGCACUAUUGGUGAUUUUGCCUUUGCUAAAGCACUGUGUGAUCUAGGGGCCAACAUUAAUCUUAUGCCCAUGGCAAUUUAUAAGAGGCUGGGUAUUGGAAGAGCUAGACCCACCUCUAUGUUGUUGCCACUGGCUGAUAGGACGGUAAAGCGACCCUCUAGUAUUCUGGAUGAUGUGUUAAUUCAGGUAGGGAAAUUUGUGUUCCCUGUAGAUUUUUAA